UGCGCGUGUACGUGCGUGAACCGCGCGAUGUGUCACCCCGACAGGCUCCUCCUGACGAAUCCUCGCCGUGAAUGCGUUUAAUCAACCGCGCACGGGCCGAGCGCCUCCACACCGCCAACAGCUUUUCGUCGAACGUUUCCAAGGACGCUGCAGUCGACGACGACGCGCAGUACAUACCGGUACAUUAUUAUAUCAUAAUAUAUUGUACGCAGCACAACACUAUUACCUACCCUUAUAAAUCUCAUCACAAUUUUACAAUAUCGCAUUACUAUACCUAUACAGCACGUUAUAUCGCGGUAAAAACCACGAAUACAUGCCUGGUGCAGAACGAUCAUCUACCGCGGCAAAGCCUACAAUAUUGCAUCAUAUAAUUAAUACGUCCCGCGAGUACAAUAUUAUUCUUGAACCCUGCUGCGUCCUUUCUGCAAGCGAUAUCAAUUAUAAUAUUCGCGUAUGCGCUUUAAAUAUAGGUAAUUCUAUACACUUAAAUAUAUAUUUAUGAUAAACGAAACUAUAUCAUAAAUACACCUGCCCAAUAUACACUGCUAUCAUGGAGUGCCCGAAACCUUCGUUUCUCAUCAGGGACUUGAUCGGAGACGUCUUACAAACUUCAAAAUCUUCAGAUAUGUCCAGCGACGAGGGCACCACCGACAUGGAUGACCGUACACUGGCGGUCAGCAAUUUUUCCGCGCUCCCAUUGUUGGUGCCAAAACACCACCACCAUCAUCACUACCAACAACACCAAGACAUGAUCACCGGGAAGUCAUGCGGCCGGAAGGUCAGACGCAGGAGGACAGCGUUCACGCACGCUCAACUGGCUUAUCUCGAACGCAAGUUUCGUUCCCAGAAGUAUUUGUCUGUAGCCGAUCGGAGCGACGUGGCCGAGGCGUUGAACUUGUCGGAAACUCAAGUCAAAACGUGGUACCAAAAUAGAAGAACGAAGUGGAAGCGUCAGAACCAGUUGCGCCUCGAUCAGCUGCGCCAACAGUCGGUUGAGCCGCAGUCGGAAACGUCCGCAGGCGCCGCCGAGUACGGACAGCACCACAAACAACAGCACCAGCAUCACAGGCUGCACUCGGCGGAACCGCACCACGGCCGACAGACCGAGCACAGAGUGUACGUACCGUCGUCGGCGGACUCGGACAUGCAGGCGGCCGCCGAGGCGUCGGCCGCCGCACCGUUGACGUCGUCGACGGCAGCAGCGGCUGCAGCAGCGUUCAUCGGCGCGCCGUACCCGGGGGUGGCCAACGGUGCGCGGUGGAACUUUCUGACCACGGCCGCGGCCAUCGUGCGAAACGUGUCGUAUGUGCAUGGGUGUCACAUGUGAGCAAUAAAAUAAUAAUCAUUAUACAGUAUAAUGACAUAAUGUUAUUACUUAUUGUAAUACGAUUCAGUUCAUUUAUUUUGUCAUUCGCAUCGGCACGGAUUGUAUACAGGGUGGUCGUACGAACGAUAUUAUAAUAUUAUAUACUAUAGCAAAGCUUUAAAUAGGUAAAUAUAUUAUAAUAUAAUUAUUUUCAGACAAUAAAUCUACACGCACAAUAUAUGAGACCUGCUAGUUCCACAAAGCUUUUUAAAAUUACGUCUAAAUAGUACAUGUUUUAACAUCCGUCUCUAGAUCAAUUUUUUUUUUUGGGGGGGGGAAGUACAAAAAGGCUAAACACAGGGAAACUACGGUGAUUGUGAGGGGAAUGUUACCUUUGCCCCUCCCCUGGACCCGCCACUGUUUAACUUUUUAAAGAGGACAUAUUAUAUAUUAUAAUACUAACAACAUUUAAAAAAAGCUAUAUAGGUAUGUACUAAGGUACCUAUUCCUUCCUGCGGCCUGCCUCUUUGAAGAUAGGUACCACUUUAGGGAGUCGAGUAUAUUCACCGACUUCCCACUAGGUAUCAGUGGAAACUUGCUUCACCCAUAAAUUCAAUUUGAAUAUCACCAUGGUCAUGAACUAUUAAAUUGAAAAUAUAAAAAUUACCUAGUAGAUAAAAUUUUAGUUGCACUCUAUUCAGUAUAUCACUAUUGAUCGCAAAGAAGGGAAUAUAAGUAUAGAAAUAUAGACACUUGGUAUUUAAUUGUGUCACAAAAUUAAAAAUCAGGACAAUUAAUAAUUUAGGGGGCAUCGAUCCAUAAGUUCCCGCCUAAUGUGCUCUUAGUAGUUGGUGUAGAGGAAAGAGAUAAUGGUAAACAAGUUUGAUUGGAUUCCACUGCCAUGAAAGUCUGGUCACGCCUAAAUUUAGAAUAUUAUUAUGAUACUGAGUCGGUACUUGGUUAAAAUCAUUUCAAAACAUUAGGCAAAUACAAUAAUAGCGGUUUCCUUUCAAUUUAUUAAUUUACAUACUUUAUCUGUAUAUUUAGUUUCUAUAAUUACAUCCUUGUGGAAUUUCAUAAGGAUUAUAAGGACACAAGAAACAUCAUAAGAACAUUAUUAAUCAGAUGUUUAUUUGCAUAAAGUAAUACCUGCUUAGUAAGUAAAUAAAGUAAUACCAACAUACCACAGAUUAUAACAAUACCUAUGAUCAUAGGCGCAAUUUGGGUUAAAUUUGUGUCGACUAAAGUGAUCAGUGGUGAAGCUUUGCCCCCAACACCCCCCUCCAUUCAUACACAUUAGUUAUAUACACCUUGCAUUAAUAUUAAUAUAAACAAUUACCUUUAAGGGUCCCGGUGCCAGCUUUUCAAAUUUUCCACAAUUCUAUAAAAUUUGAAAUUUUAGUUGCCACCUCAAUAUUGUAAGACUUUUCUACUAAUCUACUACCCGAUACUUGUUUAGGGAGGGUUAAUAGUGUGUAUUAAAUCGAAAAAAUGACUUUACGGGAAUAACUCCCAAGCUUUGUAGAAUCGUUGGAUUUUGAUGACUAUUUUUUUAUCUGAAAGAAGACUUCCUACAGCCCGCAUUGAUCUCUGAUUUUGUAUUUUAUUUCAAAUAAUUGUAUUAAAAAAUUUGUAAAAAAAAUGCUUUUUAUCUUGUAUUUUUUUAGGCAUAUUAUAAAGCUUGAAAAUAAAAUAUUGAAAAACAGAGAUCGAUGCCGGUUGUAAAAUAUUUUCUUUUAGCAAUUAAAAAAAAAAUUAUAAAAUUUGGUUGAUUAUACAAGGCGGUAUUGUUAUUUUGAGGACAAAAUGGCAUUGGCACCAGGCGUCUUAACAAUAAAUAACAGAGGUAAUACCAAGGUGGAUUUAUAAAUCCACCUUAGGUAAUACAUAUUAUUAUCUAUAUUAUUAUUCUGAUAGGAACCUAUGUAUUAUUAUUAUGAAAAUGAUAACGUCUCAGAAAUAAAUGUAUCCAAAUACUUAUGGCAUAAUAUUAUAGUCAAUCAAAAUUCGAUGAUGCUAUCAACAAUUUGGGGGUGCUAAUUACCCCCAAGUACCCCCUAAAAUGUGCCUAUGACUAUGAUACUGGUAAUUGCACAAUACCUAUGAUUUUUUGAAAAACAUUACAUAAUAUACAUUUUUAAUCAUUAUUAUUAUCUAAUGAAUUACUCAUCAUUGUCAUUUGUCCUGUCCAUUGAAUAGCAAAUAAUGUAAAUUAAUUAAAUAUUAACAAAAACCUACAUUUUAAAUAUUGUAAAUAUUAGUUUUUGAAAGAAUUGCAUUUUAUUUUUUAAUAUUUACAGUAUAGAAUACAUAUGUUAAUGUAGUAUGUAAUUAGACAAAUAAGAUUAGGAUAAGCUAUUUAUAAUACAAUUUGUUUAAAUAUAAUCCAAGCCUCUAAACUCUAAACUUUAGAACAAAUGUGCCGCAGUUUGGCCACCCCUGCUUUAAAGCAUCAAUAAUAUUCUAAUAUUAUGUAAAAAUUAUGAAAGUAAUUAAGUUAUAUGGAUUUUUAUCAAUUAUAAUGUGAUGAAUUAAACAUUUUUAUCUUAAUUAGGUCUCUUUUUUACUAUAAGUCCAAAGAUAUCAUUAUUUUUGGAUUAAGUUAAAAUAUGAUCACAAAUUGUUCUGCUUUAUCAUUAUUGUCUUUUAGAAUAUUUGAAUUUUUAUGAUAUUUAAUAUUGUUAUAUUGUAUCAUUGAAUAUUUUUAUAAUUUUAAGUAAUGCGAUUAUGUAUAUAACUAAUAUGUAUAAAAUAAAAUAUAUAAAAUGUACUUAACACAUUUCAAAUUAAAUAGUUUAAAAUAAUUAGUAACUCAUUUGGUAAUUGGUAAUAUAGGGUUUAGGUAUCUAUUUCGUUUGUAUAUCAUAAAUGUUUAAUCAGAAUUUUUUAAUUUAUGUGCAAUAUUUAGUAGAGGAAUAUAAUAUAAUAUAAUAAUUAUGUAAAAAUAUUAUAUUACCUAUACACAAUUUAUAAUUAAUUACCUAUCUAAUACUGUUACAAUAAAUACAUUAAAUUAAUUGUUGAUUUUUUUGAUGAAAAAAGUAAUAUUGAAA